ACCCAGUUUUUGCAGGAAAGCUUUAUUACAUUCCUCCCCUCUUUUCGGCCUGAUUUCGAAACUGAUCCCAGUUUUUUUGUGAAAAAAUAAAUUUGAAAAAGAUGCGUCCCAUUCUUUUCGUUCUGGUUUUGACACUCGCACACCCUGCUUUCCAGCAGGGGUGCAAUCCUGACAGUCAGUUUGAAUGUACCAAUGGACAUUGCAUCCCAAUUAAUUGGACGUGUGACCGAAAUGACGAUUGUGGGGACAUGAGUGACGAAAGUGAGGACUUAUGCGGUCCCCAACUGUGUGACCCAGGAGAGUUCUUAUGCGAAAACGGAAACUGCAUCCCUGAGCGAUGGAUCUGUGAUGGUGAUAACGACUGCGGCGAUCUGAGUGACGAAAGGAAUUGUCCUUGCCCAAAUCCAAGCCAUGUUAAAUGCGACGAUGAAUUUACAUGCAUCCCCCCAGAAUAUAUUUGUGAUGGAAUUCGAGAUUGUCCAGAUAACAGCGAUGAGACCAAUUGCACCUCGCUCGCCCGUCCCCAAGGGAGCCUCCUUCGUCGCGUUGUCGAACACAAGUUGCCCGGAAAGGGAAAAUUGUACAUCAAACAUUAACGCUUGAUGAAUUUAUAAUCACGAAAUUAAAUAAGAAAGAUUUUAUCCAGCAAUAAAACUUGUUCCCAAAUUAAUUAA